UGCCCCCAUCUCUCUGUCUCUCUGUGUCUGUGUCUCCCCCAUUAUCCCCAAUAGCAGGUGCGGCCCAGCAGGACAACUGAUGGAGUCCCCCAGGGCCCAUCAAGUACCAGACUGGCUGACCCCGUAGGGUUGGGCACAGCCCCUGCCCCUCAGUAUGGCCAACACCACUGGAGAGCCCGAGGAGGUGAGCGGCGCACUGUCCCCCCCAUCAGCAUCAGCUUACGUGAAGCUGGUGUUGCUGGGAUUGAUCAUGUGUGUGAGCCUGGCAGGCAACGCCAUCUUGUCCCUGCUGGUGCUCAAGGAGCGUGCCUUACACAAGGCUCCUUACUACUUUCUGCUGGACCUGUGCCUGGCCGAUGGCAUACGAUCUGCCGUCUGCUUCCCCUUUGUGCUGGCUUCUGUGCGCCACGGCUCCUCAUGGACCUUCAGUGCGCUCAGCUGCAAGAUUGUGGCCUUUAUGGCCGUGCUCUUUUGCUUCCAUGCGGCCUUCAUGCUGUUCUGCAUCAGCGUCACCCGCUAUAUGGCUAUCGCCCACCACCGCUUCUACGCCAAGCGCAUGACACUUUGGACAUGUGCAGCUGUCAUCUGCAUGGCCUGGACCUUGUCUGUGGCCAUGGCCUUCCCACCCGUCUUUGAUGUGGGCACCUACAAGUUUAUCCGUGAGGAGGACCAGUGCAUCUUUGAGCAUCGCUACUUCAAGGCCAAUGACACGCUGGGCUUCAUGCUUAUGUUGGCUGUGCUCAUGGCAGCCACACAUGCUGUCUAUGGCAAGCUGCUCCUCUUCGAGUACCGUCACCGCAAGAUGAAGCCAGUGCAGAUGGUGCCAGCCAUCAGCCAGAACUGGACAUUCCAUGGCCCUGGGGCCACCGGCCAGGCUGCUGCCAACUGGAUUGCCGGCUUUGGCCGCGGGCCCAUGCCACCAACCCUGUUGGGUAUCCGGCAGAAUGGGCACGCAGCCAGCCGGCGGCUGCUGGGCAUGGACGAGGUCAAGGGUGAAAAGCAGCUGGGCCGCAUGUUCUACGCAAUCACACUGCUCUUCCUGCUCCUCUGGUCACCCUACAUCGUGGCCUGCUACUGGCGAGUGUUUGUGAAAGCCUGCACCGUGCCCCACCGUUACCUGGCCACCGCUGUUUGGAUGAGCUUCGCCCAGGCUGCUGUCAACCCGAUCGUCUGCUUCCUGCUCAACAAGGACCUCAAGAAGUGCCUGAGGACUCACGCCCCCUGCUGGAGCACAGGAGGUGCCCCAGCUCCCAGAGAACCCUACUGUGUCAUGUGAAGCAGCCUGGAGGCAGGCAGGCAGGCAAAAGGUCACCAUGAUGGGGCCAACUGAAAGGGAGAGAUGGGGCCCCAUACAAGAGUGUUUCUUUCUGAGCUCCAGCCCCAGCCCCUUGAACCACCUGGAAUCUAGGCACCUUUGCCAACACCUCCCCAGGGUUGGGAACCAGGUGGGGGACUGGGAAAGAGGUAUUUCUAGUUCUGUGGUGCCUGUCUCAGCCACCUCCUUCUCCACUUCUACAAUCUCUCUCUUUCCCUCCUCUUCCCCCUCCCCCAGAAGUGACAAUUCAAAAAAAGAAAACAAAAGAAAAUGCGGGUUUUUCUACUAAUAGCUGAGGAGACAGGCUUUCUUGCUUUAAUGUCUCUCCUUCUGACAAUGUCCAGAAAGGGGAAAUUUGUCCUGUAAAAUAGACUUCCAGAGCUCUUAUUGCCCCUCUGCUCCCAUGCACCCUCCCCUUCCAAGUCCUUUAGCAAGGCCUGGAUGUUUAGGGAGAAACUGAUCUGCUGGCAAGAGUGACCAAAGUGGGUGCUGGGUCCCCAGGGAGCAGGGAUGCUGAAUUGCUAUGUUGUGUACAAUGUUGUUUUAAGCUAACCCUGGCCCCAAGCCUGGUCUCUUCUCCCUCCCCACCAUGUCCAGAACUCCCAAGUGUUUCUUGAGCAUCUGUUUGAGAAGCCAGGAGGGGAGGGAGAAGGGCCCCUGGGGUGGGCCCAGGCUAGGUGAAGAGCAGGAUGUGAGCUGCGUGCCUCGAGCUGAAGAGACCCGAGCUUAACUGCAUUCUCUCAAGCUGUCUCCUGGAUCCCUGGCCCCCAACUCUUCCUGAGGAUGGAAAUCCACUCCAGCCCCACUAAGGUUGAUGUGGGUGCCAUACAGGCAGGAGCAGCCUCCCAGGGAAGUGUAGGGAGAGAACCGAACUCUCAAGAGUAGCUGGAUCCCAGAGCCUGGGGUCAGAGUGAAAUUCAAUUCCAGAAUUGUCUCCUGGGUUCACGCUACUCUCCUGCAAAUGAAAAUUCUUUGGGGGCCUUGGUAAUAGUGGUAUAAGCUCCUAGGAAUUGUGGACUUGAGUCCAUUCCUAUCUGACCUCUUUUUGUCCCCCUCAAGCCUCGGGGCCUCAAGUCCCUCCGUGGUAGCCCUUGGCCUUCUGGGCCCUUGGCCCCCAAAUUCCUUCCCCCAGACAGCUCUUCUCCCCCUUCCUCCCUUCACCCUUACCUUCACCCGAAUGAGAGCAGACUGAAGCCAGAUUCUCCAGGUGGGGGAUCCCAAGCCUCCCUCCUGGGGUAGAGUCCACUCUGGGCUCACGUCAAGGCCAGUUCUUGUGGACUGGUGAUCCAAGUUGGCACUCUUUUGCCUGGUCUUGCCUGGGUUCUCUGUCCCCCUCUCAUUUCCUCGGGGAGGGGGAGAUCUGUAUCUAUCCACACCCUGUUCCCUUCUCUUAGAAGCCCUUGUCCUAAGCUCCCUCCCUACCCCCAAACAGUCUCAGAACUGGGGAAGCCUUGACCCAAGAGGAAUGGGGAGGGCACUCUAGGCAGAAGAGACAUUAAUGAGCCUGGCUGUGGAGUGGCCCUGGAAAGGCAAGCCAGAGUGGCUGAGAGGCUGGGGGUGGGG